AUGGAGAAGAACAUUAAGUUUCCAGUUAUAGAUUUGUCUAAGCUCAAUGGUGAAGAGAGAGACCAAACCAUGGCUUUGAUCGAUGAUGCUUGUCAAAACUGGGGAUUCUUUGAGUUGUUGAACCAUGGAAUACCAUAUGAUCUAAUGGACAAUAUUGAAAAGAUGACAAAAGAACACUACAAGAAAUUUAUGGAACGAAAGUUCAAAGAAAUGCUUCGUUCCAAAGGUUUAGAUAUUCUUGAAACCGAAGUGGAAGAUAUCGAUUGGGAAAGCACUUUUUACCUUCAUCAUCUCCCUCAAUCUAAUCUCUACAACAUUCCUGAUAUGUCAGACGAGUACCGGACUGCAAUGAAGGAUUUAGGGAAGAGGUUGGAGAAUCUAGCAGAGGAAUUGUUGGAUUUGUUGUGUGAGAAUCUAGGGUUAGAGAAAGGUUACUUGAAGAAAGUGUUUCAUGGGACAAAAGGUCCAACUUUUGGGACAAAGGUUAGCAACUAUCCAUCUUGUCCUAAACCGGAGAUGAUCAAAGGGCUUAGAGCUCACACUGAUGCUGGAGGACUCAUAUUGCUAUUUCAAGAUGAUAAGGUCAGUGGUCUUCAGCUUCUCAAAGAUGGUGAUUGGGUUGAUGUUCCUCCUCUCAAGCACUCCAUUGUUAUCAACCUUGGUGACCAACUUGAGGUGAUAACAAACGGGAAGUACAAGAGCAUAAUGCACCGCGUGGUAACCCAAAAGGAAGGAAACAGAAUGUCUAUCGCGUCUUUUUACAACCCGGGAAGCGAUGCCGAGAUCUCUCCAGCAACAUCUCUCGUGGAUAAAGACUCAAAAUACCCGAGUUUUGUGUUUGAUGACUACAUGAAACUCUAUGCAGGACUCAAGUUUCAACCUAAGGAGCCACGCUUCGAGGCGAUGAAGAACGGUGCAGCAGCAGCGGAUUUGAAUCCCGUGGCUGCGGUAGAAACAUUCUAA